AUGAAGUUAUCAUGGAGUUUAUUCUGUGGACUUGCUUCACUAGCCUUGUCACAAUUUGAUGAGGCACCACCGUCGCAGUCGGACUACUUCGUCCGCCACAUUCCUGGACUAGACAGCGUGGACAAUUACACGAUGCAUUCCGGAAACAUUCUCACUGAUGCAGCUCAUAACGGAAACCUGUUUUUCUGGCUUGUUGAGGCUCAGUACAAGAUCACAGAGCGCCCUAAAACUAUCGUGUGGUUCAACGGAGGACCUGGUUGUUCAUCAAUGGAUGGAGCCCUGUUGGAGGUGGGCCCUUUCCGCAUCGUGGAUGACAAGCUCAGAGUAGAUCCGAACAAGGGCUCUUGGCACAAAUAUGCCAACGUGUUAUUUGUUGACCAGCCCUAUGGAACUGGUUAUUCCUAUUCGGACACGGAUUCUUAUCUGACUGGCCUCGGGCAGGUAGGGGAUGAGAUGGAUUCAUUCAUGACACAGUUCCUCAAAUUGUUCCCAGAAAGAGCCCAUGAUGAUUUUUACCUAGCUGGAGAAUCUUACGCUGGUCAGUACAUCCCUUACAUCGCAACCAAAUUACAGCAAACGAGAACCGUCGAUCUUAAAGGUCUACUUAUUGGAAACGGAUGGAUGGACCCCGCGAAUCAAUAUUACCAGUAUGUGCCAUACGCAUUGGACUAUGGAGUGAUUGAAAAGACGGAAGAACAUGUGAAGGAUCUCAAAGAGCUUACAGACACUUGCGAGCGAGCCAUUAACAUCGCCAAGGACAAGAACAACGGGAGACUUCCCGUCCAUAUUCGAGCUUGUGAAGAUAUCAUGAAUGGCAUUGUGGAACUGAGCAGAAAUGAGCGGAGUGCACCAGAAUCUGAAGGAAUAUGUGUUAACUACUACGACGUAUCCAAGGAAGAUAAAUGGCCAUCGUGUGGUAUGAACUGGCCUGAGAUUUUGCCAUAUGUCACUGAUUGGCUACGACAAGACGCAACAGUGCAGGCUCUGAAUGUCAACAACGAUAAGCAGGAGUCGUGGCAGGAAUGCAAUGGAGCAGUUGGUUCCCGCAUGCGACAGGGAAAUGACGAUGCUGCAGUUUACCUGCUACCUGACCUUUUGGAAAGCAUGGAAAUUCUAUUUUUCAAUGGUGAUCGAGAUCUCAUCUGCAACCAUUACGGAAAUGAGAGAAUGAUUGAACAGCUGGAAUGGAAUGGAAAGAAGGGUUGGACCGAGGGCUUGGAGCUCGACGAUUGGGUUGUCGAUGGCGUUUCCAAAGGCAAGAAGCAAAGUGACAGAAAUCUGACAUAUGUUAGGAUAUACAAUGCUUCUCAUAUGGUUCCCUACGAUGAACCCGAGGCUUGUCUGACAAUGCUGAAUGACUUCAUUGGCGUCUCCAAGGCUCUGAGCGACCUAUCUGGUAAUAAACCUGGAAGGGGUAGUGAAAACCCCAGUGACUUGGACGAUCAAAAAUCUGGCGACCAAAAAUCUGACGACGACAGUUCCAGUGACGAUGAUGACGACGCGGAACACGAUAAGAAAAUCGCAAGUGAUGCCAUGUGGAAGGCGUACUACCAGGCUGGAUUUACAGCCCUGAUCGUUGUCCUCAUUAUCCUGGGGCUCGCAGGAUUCCUGUUUUGGAGAAAAAACCGAGGCCAUAUUUAUCAGGAGGAGACAUCGCUCCUCGGUUCAUGUUUCGGAGGUAUCUCCCGUUGGAGAAACAGUUCUGGUGGACCACUCUCCAACCAACAGGGUACUUUCGACUCCAGGCAACGACUGAUGGAGCCCGGAGAAUACUACGAUCUUGGUGAAAUUGCUGAGGAAGACGAGGAUGCCGAAGAGCUUGUGAUCCGAAGGCCUGAAGUGUAA